UAUAAAUAUUUUUUCAAUAUGAAUCCAGACUACGACUAUCUCUUCAAAAUUCUCCUCAUCGGAAAUUCAGGAGUAGGAAAAUCAUCUCUGCUUCUUAGGUUUGCAGAUGAUACCUUCACUGACAACUUCAUGCCAACCAUUGGAGUCGACUUCAAGAUUAGAACCCUCGAAGUUGAUGGAAGAACCAUUAAGUUGCAGAUAUGGGAUACUGCCGGUCAGGAGAGAUUCAAGACAAUCACUAGUUCCUACUACAAGGGUGCCCACGGAAUUAUCGUAGUAUACGAUAUUACCGACAAAGAAUCCUUUAAAAACAUCGAUAAUUGGAUGACCGAGGUCGAGAAGCAUGCCUCAGAAAAUGUAAGCAGAAUUCUCGUAGGAAACAAGUGCGAUAUGGACGAAUCUAGACAGGUCAGCACAGACGAAGGUAAAGAGCUUGCAGACCAAUACAAUAUUAGGUUCAUGGAAACCUCUGCCAAAGAGAGCUCCUUUGUUGAAGAAGCUUUCACCUUGAUGACUAAAGAAAUUAAGAGCAGAGUCGUUCAUACAGACCAGAGAAAGCCAUCUGGAACUGGUAAAAAGUUAACUGCUCCAAAGAAAAAGAUUGAGAAGAAGAGUGGAGGUUCUUGCUGCUAAAUGAUAUAAUUAUUGACAAACUUGUUUGUAAUAAGUGUUCUGCCUU